AUGAACAAAAUCGACGGUGUUACAGAUGUUCCUAAAAUCAACAAGAGUCAACAACGGAGCACCAACAAACAGAAGGCUGUGGUGGAAAAUCAGAUAUCGAGUACAAUGAAUCAUUCACCAGGGUCACUUGGGAAUAAUUCUCCGUCAGUCAGUCGUCAAUUCCCCAGUGAAGAUCUGAUAAACUCAUACAGAAAUAAAUCUCGUCUCAACAAAUUUAUUUCAAGGAGAGUGUUAAUUGUGUUGGCGAUUGUAUUAUCCUGUGUUUUGGUAGUAUGUCUAACUAACACAUUUUAUGGACGAAAAUAUCCAUCUGCAUCCACACCACCUUUCUGGAAAUCAACAGUUGGUUACUGGUUAGAUGUUUUUGCAUUCAAAGAUUCUUCUGGUGAUUUAGUCGGCGACCUCAAUGGUCUCACAUCGGAAAUUGAUUACAUCAAAACUGUGAUCGGUGCAGGUUAUGUGAUACUGGGUCCCAUCACAAAAGGCUUUUACAACAAUUCAUUCAAUAUCCUCGGAUUAGUGGAAGACUAUGAGCAGUUGGAUGAGGCUGUUGGUACAAUGGAUGACUUUCGUGCCCUUUUGAAACAAUUUCAUAAGAAAGGUGUUAAAGUGGUACUGACGCUGAACUUUAAUGCGAUAUCACUCAAUCAUAAGUGGAUUAGCGAAAACAAAGUCAAACUGAAGCCAUUUGAAGAUUCCUUUAUGCCUAAGUUCGGACGUUACGCACACCCAAGCUUUGUAAACUUCAGCGAGAGAAAGUUUUAUUCUGUAUUCGGAGAACCCAAUGUCGAUCUGGAUUUGACUGAUCCCGCUACUCUGAAACAGAUAUUUAAUGUGAUCGACUCAUGGAUGAGUGAGGGAAUAGAUGGAAUACUGCUGGAUAACGCUGCAUAUUUUGUCGAAAUAAAAGAAAAGAUUGAUCCAAGUUGCGAAUAUCUAGACCAAUGUUCAAAUUCCCAGAUGUACACAGACGAAAGCGUAAUAUUUGUGAAAGCUGUUAAAGGCGAAAUAGAAAAGUGGAUUAAAAAUAGUGGGAAAGAUAU